UGCGAGAGCAAAGGAAAUCCAGCGCGCGAGCGGAGAUUCACGCGAGCGCAUUACAUGUCUGUGCUCUCGACAUUUGUCAGUAAAAUAACGCCAUACAGCCCACGCCGAUUCUCAUCGCGCUGUGUGAAAUACAAACUGAACGUGCGGCUCAAAACACCCAUCCGCAAACUACAUCUCUCAGUUGGAUAAAGAAACCCAGUGUCGCUGAUAAAGUUUUGAUGGAUGACGACUGUAAUGAAGGAAAGGACAGAAUAAUCUUCCAGCCUCAGUAAGAGACAAAAGAUCUGAUCCACAAUGCCAGCACCUGGUGUGUGUUUAAACAUUUUGUCGGAGCGUAAUGUCAAAGAUGGACAGGGAUCUCCCGACAAACCGGAAAGGUUCCUGGAUCAGGACUUCCACCGGCUCAAGCAGGUCUGCCUAAAGGAAAGACUGAAGUUUAUAGACAACUUGUUCCCUCCAGAGAUGAAAUCAAUCGGUUUUGGUCCUCUGAAGAGUGAAGAACUCUGGAGAGUAGUGUGGAAACGACCACAUGAACUGGUGCCGAACCCUGUUUACAUUGUUCAAGGAACUUCAAGGUUUGACUUCAUUCAGGGUAGAUUAGGUAACUGCUGGUUUCUGGCAUCGGUUGGAGCUCUUACAUUUCAAAAACGGCUUAUGAAGCAGGUUAUCCAGGAUGACCAAAAUUUCUCUGUGGAUUAUGCAGGAAUAUUUCACUUUAAGUUCUGGAGAUUUGGAUCAUGGGUGGAUGUGGUUAUCGAUGACAAACUGCCAACUAUUGACGGCCAACUCGCCUUUGUUCAGUCUAAAACACCAAAUGAAUUCUGGCCUGCUUUGUUAGAGAAAGCUUAUGCUAAAGUGUGCGGCUCUUAUGCGGCUAUGGACGCAGGAAACAUAUCAGAAGCUAUCACGGACUUCACCGGUGGACCACACAUGACCAUUAAACUGAGUGAUGCAUCAGACAAGCUGUGGGACACCAUGAGACGAGCCAGCCAAUCAGAAUCCCUGAUGGGAUGUGGCACUCCUGGAGGGCAAGCAGGUCUGCUGCAAAAUAAUGUGUUACCCAAUGGCCUUGUGGAAAUGCAUGCGUACACGGUCACAGGAGUAGCAGAGGUUGUAUGUGGAGGUCGUCCAGUGAAGCUGGUGAGGAUCUUUAACCCUUGGGGUAAAGGAGAGUGGAACAGGGACUGGAGCGACAGAUCCCCUUUGUGGGAACUUGUUCGUCCUGAGGACCAAAAAUACAAAGUUGUGCUCGACAAUGGAGAAUUCUGGAUGUCAAUGGAGGAUUUCUGCAAGAAUUUUUCAGAUUUGGAUAUUUGUUGCUUGGACGUGAACGUUCUUGCUGGAUCUCAUUCUUCAUCCUGGAAAAUUGAAAUGAACAAAGGCCAGUGGGUGAUGGGAACAACAGCUGGCGGUUGUCCAAAUGACCUAGAGAGUUUUUCAAAAAAUCCCCAGUUUCGUGUGACUCUUAAGGAGACUGUUGAAGACCCCGGACAUGAAAGCUCUCCAAAUCUCCUCGUUUCUCUCAUUCAGAAAUCUCACAAGAGAAACAGGCACUUGGCAACCAAUUUAUAUAUUGGCUUCAACAUUUAUGAGGUGCCAGCUCAUUUAAAGGACCAAAGGGAAAAAUUCCCUGCCUCAUUCUUCAGAAACACCCGUCCCGUUGGAAAAAGCGAAUCCUUCAUCAACGCUCGGGAAAUUAUGGAGUUUUUCAGAUUUAAAGCAGGCGACUACCUCAUCGUUCCUUCAACUUUCGAGCCGAAUGAAGCUUCAUCCUUCCUUCUGACAGUCUAUUCAAAGACAGAAGCCGUCAUUGAAGACUCUUCUGGAUAUGGCAUAACAAGAACAAAGUUGAUUCCCAGGGAUAAUGAUGAUUCCUUCCAACUCUUUCUACAAUAUGCAGAUAAGUACGGAGAGGUGGAUGCAGAGCGGCUUCAAAGACUUCUGAAUGAGAAUCUUUAUGCAGGACAUUCACAGAAAACGAAAGGAUUCAGCUUGGAUUUGUGUAGGAGCAUGGUGGCGCUGAUGGAUCUCAGUGUCACUGGAAGGCUCAGUGAAUUUGAAUGCCUCCGUUUGUGGAAAAGAGCUGUUUUUCUAAAGGAUAUUUUCUAUGGCAUGGAUGUGUCACGCACAGGAAGUCUGUCUCUGAAUGAACUCAGAAAUGCACUUAAGGUUGCAGGGUUUAUAUUGAGUGACAAUAUGCUGAAUCUCAUGGCGCUCAGAUACGGUGACUCCAGCGGUGAAAUUACACUAGAAAACUUUGUUGUCCUUGUCCUGCGGAUGGACUGCAUGGCCAAAACAUUCAAGAGACUCGCUGCUGGGGGGCCAAACAUGAUGCUGGGAGAAAAUGAAUGGAUGCAUCUCACCAUGUACUCAUGAGCCAUAUGAGACUGAGAACAUGGAUCCUGGACAGACUUCUGAGACCCAUACAGCUAUACACAAAUCUAAGACUUAAAUUCUGCAACUUUAUUUUCAUUGACACAUUUUGCAUAAUGAGGCUUGUUAACUAUAAUUGAUUUGAUUGUGCAUAUGGUGAUUGAUUGUGCAUUUUAUAUACAGAAUUAAUUGUGUGGAGAGUUAAAGUUGUUUCAAGUUUUCAGUCAGAUGACACUAAUCUAGUUUUUGCUUCAAAAGCACCUUUGACAAGAUAAACAAACCUUACACUGUUUGCAAACCUGAAGAUCUGAAUCCUACAUACGUUUUACAAUCAAUAAAUUAUGCCUCACAAUUCA